UUUGUAAGUAAAUGGCGAUUAUUAGUUGAUUUUCUGCCGCAGUACUUACUUGGGAUCUCAGUGGUCAUCUGUGCAGGCAGUGGGUGUGUGCAGCAGUUUCGUUUGAUCCAGCCAGGCGUCGUGGACGAAUAAUGUUAUAAUGGAAUUCUACGUGUAUUUUGUAAUUGCGGUCGUUAUCCUGGUUUCGCUGGCGACGUCCCUCAUCAUUAGUAAGUUGCCGCGUGGAAAGACCUUCGAUGAGGUGCUGAGCGAGAAGAAGAAGUUCGCGGAGAAGCUGUAUGGGACGAGCGGCGGAAAGCGGGCCCAGAAGGGCAAAAAGCUGCCGUCGAAUGUGAGCAAGAAGGGCAAGGAGAAGGCCAAGGCCUCGGCUGCCAAGGAGGCGGAGACCGCGACCACCUCUCAGGAGGACUCGGUGGACAAUUCCAGCGAAAAGACCUCCUCCCCGAAGUCCCAUGUGGAGUUCAGCGAGGCGGAGGUCAUCGCAGACACGGAUUCUCCCCGUGCGAAGAAGCAGUUGGGUGUGACGAGUGGAAAGAAGAGUGGCAAGAAGAAUGGCGGCAGCAAGGCGUCCGGAACAGGAAUUUUGAUAAAUAAAUCUGAGACAUCCGCCGUGAAGAGCACAGUUGCAGUGGAGCCGAUGAAUCAUUUUGAGCAAAUACACCCGAAAGACGAUGCUGAAAUGCUACGAGCGGCCACUCAUAAAGAUGAGUCCGCGGAGAGCAAUAGAGUCCAACUCGGCACCAGGGGCGAUAAAAGUGCUGCGAACAGAGACAACAAGAAAGGUAAAAAUCCCAAGGCGGCUGAUAAGGAGGAGAAGGCGGUGCCAGCUGUAGUGGCGAUGGAGGAGAAAGCUACUGCCAAGAAGGUGCCGGAGAUCAGCGUGGCGAAGGAGAAGGCGCAGAAGAAGGGCGCUGGGAGUAACAGCAAGAAGCAAGAAUCCACUGGACAGGCUGUCCAGAAGAUCAUUGCUAAAACCGAUGAGAUUGGCGUUGACUUUCUCAUUCCUCUACUGUCGAAGGCUGAACUCAGUCGCUCAGAGAUUCAGAUCAUCAUUGAGUAUCUGCUGAACAAACAGUCCGAUACCAUUACUGUGAACCACUCUGAGUGGACAGAGGGCAAGUCGGACACGAUUCAGAAGCUGAAGAAGCAGAUUGAGCUGAAGGAGAAGGCCUUGCAGGAUGAACAGGAAGCCAGUGCUGGCAUUCAGGCGCGUCUGCGUGAGUUGCGAGCUGAGAUAAAUCUGGAGAAGAGCCAAUACAAUGCCAAUCUCAAGGCAUAUGUGGAGGAGAUUGCCCAGAAGACGAAAGAAGUGCAGAACAUGACGUCGGACUAUCAGGCGUUAAAUGAAAAGUAUGCGAGCGAGAAGCAAUCACUUACGGUGCAGUUGCAGCAACUCCAAAGCAAGUUGUUGCAGGAGAAGAAGACCAAUUCGCAGGAGCAUCUGCAGCAGAUUCAGCAGCUCACAGAGGCGAAUAAUGUGCUCAACAAUGAGAUUAUUGCCAAAACUAAGCUCAUUAAUGAUGUGAAUGAGCAGUUCCAGAAGUUCGCCAGUGAGAAGCAUCAGGUAAUUGAGACGGUGAAGAAGGAUUAUGACAGCAAGUUGGCUGAGUAUGAGAUGAUCAUACGCAAGAAGGAGGAGCAGCAGCUCUACAUGGAGCAAGAUUUGCAGAAGAUUCGCCAAAUUGCCGAUCACGAUGCCGAUGCACUGCGUCGUCUCAAGGAGAAUUUCGAUGUGAAGCGCUACGAGGUGGAGCAAUAUAAGACCCAGUUGGCGGAGAUGACGAAGAAUAAUCACAAUAUUGAGGACAUGGGAAAGGUGGAGAUCCGAAAUCUCCAGAAUGCCCUUGACUCGUGCAAGACCGAUUUGACGCGCAGUCGAACUGAGGCGAAUGAGUGCAGACUCAAGUCGGAAGAUUUGGAGGCACAAGUGGUGGAACUGAAGCGUCAAAUCUCUCUCUGGUCCAGCAAAAUUCACGAACAGACUGUUCAGAUGACGGAAAUGGAUGCCAAUCUGUCGGGUGUGAAAACCAACUUGGCGGACAAGGAUUCGAAGUUGGUGGAAGCUGAAUCAAAGAUCCGGUGCUUUGGGGAGGAGAAGGAGCGUCUUGAGAAGCAGAUUGAGGAUCUCAAAUCGAAGAACAAUGAGUUGCGCACUAAAAACUGGAAAAUGAUUGAAGCGCUCAAGAGCGCAGAGAAUAACGCGGUAAAGUCAAAACGCAUGAAUAAUAGUGAAGAAAGUAGUUUAAAUAACAUAGACACCACGGAGGUCCAGCGAUCUGCUGCGCAGGAGCUGGAGGAGCGCACACGAAGUAAAAUCACCAAGUUAUUCCCCAACAUCCCUUCGGGACCCACUCAAUACGAUCAGUGGCUCGAUCACGUUGGUGACUACCUGAAAGAUCACUACACGUCCGCGAGUAGUAUACAGCAUUCAACAAUUAUUAAUACUAGUACUAGCAAUAGUUGUAAAAAUAAUAGUAAUAGUGAAAGUGACGUUGGUGCUGCUGAUGGAAAGAGUGUGACCACCAACAAUCACAGCGUUGACAGUGAAGAGGGUGGCGAAGGAUCCAGUGAUAGUUUAGAUACUUUACUGUUACAAAAUGCACAACUACAGCGAACGGUGGACGAGUAUAAGAUAAUUGUAGCCGAUACGGAGGGCGUACUGAAGAAUCUGGAGCUGAAGGUGAAGGAGCAGGACGCGUAUUGGCGCAAAGUCGUGGAGACAAAAGAUGAGGAACUCAAAGGACUGAAGAUAUCAACAACAUGUCAGCCAAACAACUCUGAUUAGGUGUGGCAACACAUGCAGAACCGACGGGGAAAUACAUUUAGAAGAGGUUUAUGAAAAGAAAGAAAAAAAAAUUUAUACGUAGAAAUUGAUCGAGACAAGAAAA